CCCACCACUCCGUCACACUGACCAGUGUCCUGGGCCUUUAAGAGGUGGAUGGGCUGAACUGAGGGAGAGAGCUCACACCUCUCCCUACCCUACUCCUUCCAUCGUGCUGCAACUCUGGCAGUGACAGCAGCAAACUGCAGCAGAAGAGGGGAGGAAGCCAGAGAGUGCAAGAGGAGCAAAGGAGAAAAGAAGCCUGGCUGGGUUUCCUCGUGCCACAGUGGAAGGCAUCGCAGACACAGGAUUGCCGUCGCACCCACGGUGACUCUGGCACCAGCUGGUGGAGCAGUGGGUCAUGGCGUCCCUGCUGCAAGGCCGGCUGCCCAUCAAUCAAGACCUGCUGCUGAUGCAGAAAGGUAUGCUGAUGCGCAAGGUGAGGUCCAAAAGCUGGAAGAAGCUAAGAUACUACAGACUUCAGGACGAUGGCAUGACAGUCUGGCAUGCCCGGCAGGCCGGAGGCAGGGCCAAGCCCAGCUUCUCAAUCUCCGACGUGGAAACGGUGCGUGGGGGCCAUGAGUCUGAGUUGCUGCGCAACCUGGCAGAGGAGUUCCCCUUGGAGCAGGGCUUCACCAUCGUCUUCCAUGGCCGCCGCUCUAACCUGGACCUGGUGGCCAACAGUGUUGAGGAGGCCAAGGUCUGGAUGCAAGGGCUCCAGCUAUUGGUGGACUUUGUCACUAACAUGGACCAACAGGAGCGGCUGGACCAAUGGCUGAGUGAUUGGUUCCAGCGUGGAGACAAAAACCAGGAUGGGCGGAUGAGUUUCGGAGAAGUCCAGCGGUUACUGCACCUGAUGAAUGUGGAAAUGGACCAAGAACAUGCCUUCCAGCUUUUCCAGACAGCAGACACAUCCCAGUCUGGGACUCUGGAGGGAGAAGAAUUUGUAGAAUUCUAUAAGUCAUUGACUAAGCGUGCUGAGGUACAGGAAUUGUUUGAAAACUUUUCGUCUGAUGGACAGAAGCUAACACUGCUGGAAUUUGUGGAUUUCCUCCAAGAGGAGCAGAAAGAAGGAGAACGUGCUUCUGAUCUUGCUCUGGAACUCAUCGACCGCCACGAGCCUUCAGAUAGUGGCAAACUGCGGCACGUGCUGAGUCUGGAUGGCUUCCUCAGCUACCUCUGCUCGAAGGACGGAGACAUCUUCAAUCCGACCUGCCUCCCCAUCUACCAGGAUAUGACUCAACCCCUGAACCACUACUUCAUCAACUCCUCCCACAACACCUACCUAGUGGGGGACCAGCUUUGUGGCCAGAGCAGCGUGGAGGGUUACAUACGGGCCCUGAAACGGGGGUGCCGCUGCGUGGAGGUGGAUAUAUGGGAUGGACCUAACGGGGAACCUGUUGUUUAUCACGGACACACCCUGACCUCUCGCAUCCCGUUCAAAGAUGUUGUGGCCGCUAUAGCACAGUAUGCCUUCCAGACAUCAGACUAUCCAGUCAUCUUGUCCCUGGAGAACCACUGCAGCUGGGAGCAACAGGAGAUGAUAGCACACCACCUGACUGAGAUCCUGGGGGAGCAGCUCCUGAGCACCACCUUGGACGGGCAGCUUCCCACUCAGCUGCCCUCCCCCGAGGAGCUUCGGAGGAAGAUCUUGGUGAAGGGGAAGAAGUUAAGAACACUUGAGGAGGAUCUUGAGGAAGAGGAGGAAGAGCCAGAGGAGUCUGAACUGGAGGGGGAGCAGGAGGCUGAGCUGGAGCUGGAGGCCCAGUUUGAAUCUGAGCCCCAGGAGCUGAGCCCUCGCAGUAAAGACAAAAAGGAGAAGAAAGUCAAGGCCAUCUUGUGUCCAGCCCUCUCUGCCUUGGUUGUCUACUUGAAGGCGGUCUCAUUCUACAGCUUCGCUCAUUCGAGGGAGCACUAUCGCUUCUAUGAAAUAUCUUCUUUCUCUGAAGCCAAGGCCAAGAGCCUCAUCAAGGAGUCCGGCAAUGAGUUUGUGCAGCACAACACCUGGCAGUUAAGCCGUGUGUAUCCUGGUGGCCUGAGGACAGAUUCAUCCAACUACAACCCGCAAGAAUUCUGGAAUGCAGGCUGCCAGAUGGUGGCCAUGAAUAUGCAGACUGCGGGGCUUGAGAUGGACCUCUGUGAUGGGCUCUUUCGCCAGAACGCUGGCUGUGGCUACGUGCUGAAGCCAGACUUCCUGCGUGACGCUCAGAGUUCCUUCCACCCCGAGAGGCCCAUCAGCCCUUCCAAAGCCCAGACCCUCCUAAUCCAGGUAAUCAGUGGUCAGCAACUCCCCAAAGUGGACGACAGCAAAGAGGGGUCCAUUGUGGAUCCACUGGUGAGAGUGGAGAUCUUUGGCGUCCGCCCAGACACAGCCCGGCAAGAGACCAGCUACGUGGAGAACAAUGGUUUUAAUCCCUACUGGGGGCAGACCCUCUGCUUCCGGGUCCUGGUACCUGAACUGGCCCUGCUGCGUUUUGUGGUAAAAGAUUAUGACUGGAAAUCCCGAAACGACUUCGUCGGUCAGUACACCCUGCCCUGGAACUGCAUGCAGCAAGGUUACCGCCACAUACACCUGCUCUCCAAGGAUGGCAUCAGCCUCCACCCAGCCUCCAUCUUCGUGCACAUCUGCAUCCGGGAAGGGCUAGAAGGGGUUGAAUCUUAAGGCUCACUGCCAUAUCCAGAUCCAGGACUCCUCUUUCCCACCCACUCUGGCUCAAAGACGGAGUGCAGCUAGAAAUCCAGAGAGGGGCUUGGGGCGGAAAGAUUCAGAGAGGCACUAUCUCCUCCACUCCCAAUUCCUCAAGUCCAGAGCCAGAGGAAGGAGAAAGCGAGCCUCGAGGCUCCCCAGGCAAAGGCUGGGGAAGACCUGACCUCAAGACUGUACAAUGACACUCAAGAGAACAGUGAAUGGCCCUCAGAGUCCCCAAUGGACUGCUUCUCCCCAGCCCCACCGGUAUAAAUAGAACUUCUCUCCAAAA